AUGACUGAAGUCUCACAUUAUCAGGAGCUUUGCUAUCAGUCUAUGGGCUCUGUAAUCCCUUGGAGCAUAGUUAAGUAUGCUCUGCUCUCACUGAAUGAUUAUAGAUCUCUCAUUCUCUAUAAUUCUCCUAGUCUGUUCUUUCAUCUUUUGGGAAUUUGGUAUUUGGAGAGCAACAUCUAUCAUCUAUCAUCUAUCUAUCAACAUUUUUUCAUUGUUGGUAGUGACCACUUGGGCCCACGUGGUGCCAUUGUUGGUAGUGACUACUUGGGCCCACGUGGUGCCAUUGUUGGUAGUGACCACUUGGGCCCACGCGGUGCUAUUGUUGCUAGUGACUACUUGGGCCCACGUGGUGCCAUUGUUGGUAGUGACUACUUGGGCCCACGUGGUGCCAUUGUUGGUAGUGACUACUUGGGCCCACGUGGUGCCAUUGUUGGUAGUGACUACUUGGGCCCACGUGGUGCCAUUGUUGGUAGUGACUACUUGGGCCCACGCGGUGCCAUUGUUGGUAGUGACUACUUGGGCCCACGUGGUGCCAUUGUUGGUAGUGACUACUUGGGCCCACGUGGUGCCAUUGUUGGUAGUGACUACUUGGGCCCACGUGGUGCCAUUGUUGGUAGUGACCACUUGGGCCCACGUGGUGCCAUUGUUGGUAGUGACCACUUGGGCCCACGCGGUGCCAUUGUUGGUAGUGACCACUUGGGCCCACGCGGUGCCAUUGUUGGUAGUGACUACUUGGGCCCACGCGGUACCAUUGUUGGUAGUGACCACUUGGGCCCACGCGGUGCCAUUGUUGGUAGUGACCACUUGGGCCCACGCGGUGCCAUUGUUGGUAGUGACUACUUGGGCCCACGUGGUGCCAUUGUUGGUAGUGACUACUUGGGCCCACGCGGUGCCAUUGUUGGUAGUGACCACUUGGGCCCACGCGGUGCCAUUGUUGGUAGUGACCACUUGGGCCCACGUGGUGCCAUUGUUGGUAGUGACCACUUGGGCCCACGUGGUGCCAUUGUUGGUAGUGACCACUUGGGCCCACGCGGUGCCAUUGUUGGUAGUGACCACUUGGGCCCACGCGGUGCCAUUGUUGGUAGUGACUACUUGGACCCACGUGGUGCCAUUGUUGGUAGUGACCACUUGGGCCCAUGUGGUGCCAUUGUUGGUAGUGACCACUUGGGCCCACGCGGUGCCAUUGUUGGUAGUGACCACUUGGGCCCACGCGGUGCCAUUGUUGGUAGUGACCACUUGGGCCCACGUGGUGCCAUUGUUGGUAGUGACCACUUGGGCCCACGUGGUGCCAUUGUUGGUAGUGACCACUUGGGCCCACGCGGUGCCAUUGUUGGUAGUGACCACUUGGGCCCACGCGGUGCCAUUGUUGGUAGUGACUACUUGGGCCCACGUGGUGCCAUUGUUGGUAGUGACCACUUGGGCCCAUGUGGUGCCAUUGUUGGUAGUGACCACUUGGGCCCACGCGGUGCCAUUGUUGGUAGUGACCACUUGGGCCCACGUGGUGCCAUUGUUGGUAGUGACUACUUGGGCCCACGCGGUGCCAUUGUUGGUAGUGACCACUUGGGCCCACGUGGUGCCAUUGUUGGUAGUGACCACUUGGGCCCACGCGGUGCCAUUAUUGGUAGUGACCACUUGGGCCCACGCGGUGCCAUUGUUGGUAGUGACCACUUGGGCCCACGUGGUGCCAUUGUUGGCAGUAACUACUUGGGCCCACGCGGUGCCAUUGUUGGUAGUGACCACUUGGGCCCACGCGGUGCCAUUCCUAGUCUGUUACACCCACGCGGUGCCAUUGUUGGUAGUGACUACUUGGGCCCACGCGGUGCCAUUGUUGGUAGUGACUACUUGGGCCCACGCGGUGCCAUUGUUGGUAGUGACUACUUGGGCCCACGUGGUGCCAUUGUUGGUAGUGACUACUUGGGCCCACGCGGUACUAUUGUUGGUAGUGACUACUUGGGCCCACGUUGUGCCAUUGUUGGUAGUGACUACUUGGGCCCACGUGGUGCCAUUGUUGGUAGUGACCACUUGGGCCCACGUGGUGCCAUUGUUGGUAGUGACUACUUGGGCCCACGUGGUGCCAUUGUUGGUAGUGACUACUUGGGCCCACGUAGUGCCAUUGUUGGUAGUGACUACUUGGGCCCACGUGGUGCCAUUGUUGGUAGUGACCACUUGGGCCCACGUGGUGCCAUUGUUGGUAGUGACCACUUGGGCCCACGUGGUGCCAUUGUUGGUAGUGACUACUUGGGCCCACGCGGUGCCAUUGUUGGUAAUGACCACUUGGGCCCACGUGGUGUCAUUGUUGGUAGUGACCACUUGGGCCCACGUGGUGUCAUUGUUGGUAGUGACUACUUGGGCCCUCGGGAAGGGCCCGAGGGCCCAAGGGAACAAAAAAUAACAAAACUGGCAGAAGACACGAACAAAGGCUAA